UAAUUAAUAAUAUGGCUGCAUGCAUCAUUCAGAUAUGCAAAGGCUGGGGUAUAUCCUUCUUUUCAAAAUAAUAAUAAUCAGAGGGGUCUUAAAUAUAGGAUCGCAUUCUUUUUGGGAAAGAAUCCUGGUUCCCACAGUAGAUCCACGACCAUCCUUGCUGGCAGAAUCUCCAUCCAGAGUAGAGUAACGAACCCCACAUCUGGCGCCCACCGCACUUUUAGUUGACUCACUGCACCCCGCGAUUCUCUCCUCUCCUCUGCACUCAGCAGGCAGUACAUAUAUCACCACUGGUAGGUCUCCCCUGACCCCAUCUCCUCCUCCCACAACGCGACGGCGUCAUGACCUGGAGCAAGUCCCCGGCGGGGAGCGGCACCACCGCCGUCGACGUCGACGUCGAUGCCUCCGGCGACACCGGCCAGGCCCGCCUCCGAGAGCUCGGCUACAAGCAGGAGCUCAAGCGGGACCUCUCAUUGCUGUCCAACUUCGCCUUCUCCUUCACCAUCAUCUCGGUGCUGACGGGGGUGACCACGCUGUACAACACCGGCCUCAACUUCGGCGGCCCGGCCACCAUGACCUUCGGCUGGUUCGUCGCCGGCGCCUUCACCAUGACCGUCGGCCUCUCCAUGGCCGAGAUCUGCUCCUCCUUCCCCACCUCCGGCGGCCUCUACUACUGGAGCGCGCGCCUCUCGGGCAACCGAUGGUCGCCCUUCGCCUCCUGGAUCACCGGAUGGUUUAACAUCGUUGGACAGUGGGCGGUGACAACUAGCGUGGACUUCUCGCUGGCGCAGCUGAUCCAGGUGAUCAUCCUGCUCAGCACCGGCGGCAACAACGGCGGAGGCUACCUGGCGUCCAAGUACGUGGUCAUCGCCUUCCACGCCGCCAUCCUGCUCAGCCACGCCCUCAUCAACAGCCUCCCCAUCUCAUGGCUCUCCUUCUUCGGCCAGUUUGCGGCUGCUUGGAACAUGCUAGGUGUCUUUGUCUUGAUGAUUGCCGUGCCGGCUGUUGCAACCGAGAGAGCCAGUGCCAAGUUCGUCUUCACCCAUUUCAACACUGACAACAGUGCUGGAAUACACAGCAACCUCUACAUCUUUGUCCUGGGGCUCCUCAUGAGCCAGUACACGCUCACAGGAUACGACGCAUCGGCGCACAUGACGGAGGAGACCAAGAACGCAGACAGGAACGGCCCCAUCGGGAUAAUCAGCGCCAUCGGCAUAUCCAUAGUGGUCGGCUGGGGAUACAUACUCGGCAUCACGUUCGCCGUCAAGGACAUACCCUACCUGCUCAGCCCUGACAAUGAAGCUGGGGGGUACGCCAUCGCCGAAGUCUUCUACCUCGCCUUCAAAAGCCGCUACGGCAGCGGCGUCGGCGGGAUCGUCUGCCUGGGGGUCGUCGCCGUCGCCAUAUACUUCUGCGGCAUGAGCUCCGUGACGAGUAACUCGAGGAUGGUGUAUGCUUUCUCGAGAGACGGGGCGAUGCCGCUGUCACCCGUGUGGCACAAAGUGAACAAGCACGAGGUGCCCAUCAACGCCGUCUGGCUCUCGGCUUUCGUCUCCCUCUGCAUGGCGCUGCCGUCGCUGGGUAGCCUGGUGGCGUUCCAGGCCAUGGUGUCGAUCGCGACGAUCGGGCUCUACAUCGCGUACGCGCUGCCCAUCUUCUUCCGGGUGACGCUGGCGCGCAAGCACUUCGUGCCGGGACCCUUCAACCUCGGACGGUACGGUGUACUGGUGGGGUGGGUGGCCGUGCUCUGGGUGGUGACCAUCACCGUGCUCUUCUCGCUGCCGGUGACGUACCCGGUGACCAAGGACACGCUCAACUACACGCCGGUCGCCGUCGGUGGGCUUUUCAUCCUCGUCUUGACGUCGUGGGUCGUGAGCGCCAGGCACUGGUUCAAGGGACCCGUCACGAAUUUGAGCGGCUAGUUUCGCACGC